UUUCACAAUGAGACCAACUUGAGUGUGUCCAUGACGUGGGCAGGAGAGAACAAUGGGGUGCUGCUAGUGCUGACCACAGAUGAAUGGGGACCGUUUGUUGGACCAACAAUGCUCUGGAGGAGUGCGGACUAUGGGAAAACCUUCCAGAACAUCAGUAAGAAAAUCAACAACGCCUACAUCAAGAAGGACAACGGGAUGUACAAAAGCUUGCUGGACCCUGCAAGGGUUCUCUUAGUGUCCUACAUGACAGGCGGUGAAACUGACGGCUCGUUCUCCAGGAUCUACGUCACCACGGACGGGGGCGAGACCUUCGAUGGGAUCACCCUCAACUUUAACGUGGACACGAUACAGUUCCAUCCCAAAAACAAGGACUAUCUCCUCGCACACUCACAGAACGAUCACUCCCUUUACCUGUCCCAGGAUUUCGGUCGAAACUGGCAUGUGGUGCAUAACUAUGUUGCCGACUUCAAAUGGGGCACUGCCAGCUAUGAUACAGACAGCACCAUCUAUCUGACCUAUGACCCCAAGCACAUGUCUGAAGCUGGUAGUUAUGGUCCAUAUUCUAGUAGCCUGAAUUCCUACGACUACUUCGAUGACUAUGGCACAUGGGGUCUCGAAUUCCCCAAGCCGGAGAGCUAUAAUUAUGACCUGUUGAAGAGCACUGAUUUGGGAAAGAACUUUGUUGUGGUUGCGGAACACGUGUACAGUUUUGGUCAGCAGGGGCAGUUCCUAUAUGUUUCCAUUGAGCUGAAUGAAAAUAAUUUUACCAGAGUGAUGCAUGUGUCCAGAAACGGAGGAGACACAUGGGAACUGGCCCAGCUGCCCUCCAUAACUCCAGACAGGUUCUACUCUAUCCUGGACAUGUCGGAGGGAAUGGUGUUCAUGCAUGUGGAUGAUGAAGGAGACACUGGAACGGGAACCAUUUACACAUCAGGAGCAGACGGAAUCAUCUUCUCUGUGUCACUCACAUCACAUUUGUAUCCAAACUUUGAAAGCGUGACAGACUUCUACAAGGUGAAGUCCCUCAGAGGAGUAUAUUUGGCCAGCCAGAUCAGGAACGACAAAAGCAUCAGGACCAUGAUAACGUACGACAGGGGAGGGGUGUGGCAGCCUGUCCCAACUCCGGCAGGGAUGUCAUGUGAGAAGCCCUCGGACCAGUGUGGCCUGCAGAUUCACAACCAGUACAGCAGAGUGAAGGGCAUCAACGCUCCCAUGGGGCCUCUCAGUGAGCCUAAUGCAGUGGGCCUCAUCCUGGUUCAUGGUCACGUGUCUGAUGCACUACAAACAACAAACCCUGAUGUCUACAUCUCUGAUGAUGGUGGAUACAACUGGUUCAAGGUAACACAAAGAGAUUCUUAA